AUGCUGGUGAACCUGCACUUCGUACUCUACAAACACAGGACCUUACACAUAAAUUACACCAGCUAUGACAUGUGGCGACUUCAGGAUACACUGAACCCUUAUUCUGAGCACUGUGAUGUCAUGGUCCUUGCGAAUGAAGAACCUGGGACUUCAGAAUCACAUCCAUAUUGGUAUGCUCGUAUCAUUGGUAUCUUCCACACCAACGUCUUUCACAUUGACCCCAAGUCAACAUCACCAGGUGACACUCACAUGAUGGACUUCCUGUGGCUUCAAAACGAGCCCAAGAACGUUAAAUUCCGUUAG